AUGGCGUCUGAUCAGGUUAAAGUGGCAGUACGGAUAAGACCAUUUAAUCCUCUGGAUAUUGGUGAGCACGAAAACGUUCUUCGUGUAGUCGGACAAACAAUAUCCAUACAGGACUAUGGAGUCAUUAAAAACAGGGAUUUUAAAUAUGAUUACGUAUUUGCUCCUGAAGGACAAGGUAAUCGUGAUGAAGAUCAGAGGAAAAUAUUCCAUACACUUGGACUUGAUUUACUAGAUAAUGUUUGGGACGGUUAUAACUGCACAAUCUUUGCAUAUGGACAGACGGGGAGUGGAAAAUCGUACUCACUCAUGGAGUAUGGAAAAAAUAAAGGUUUUGUUGCCAGGUUUGUCGAAAAUCUUUUUGAACACAUUGAAAAAGAAGAUUCAGUUACAUGCAAGGUAAACCUUGGUAUGUUAGAAAUAUACAACGAAAAGGUGUAUGAUUUGCUGAGUGAUAGUAAAUAUCGAUCUCCAUUGAAGAUUAAGGAAAGAGGUGACGGAUGUUUUGAAGCAAACAGAUUGACAAAAAUAAAUGUAACAGAGAAGACUCAGGUGCAAAAAUGGAUAAUGCAAGGGUAUACAAAUAGAUCAAUAGCUGCAACCGAGAUGAAUGAAACAAGCAGUCGGGCACACACAAUCAUUGCAAUCGGGGUAUGGAUUAUGGAUAAUGUGCACAAAGUAGAGAAAACGUCUACCAUUAAUAUUGUAGACCUUGCAGGAAGUGAAAGAGCUAAAAAGGCGAACACUUCAGGGAAAAGAUUCACCGAGGGAAACAACAUCAACAAAUCGUUGCUUGUUCUUGGGCAAGUUAUAGAAAUUCCAUAUCGUGAGUCAAAGCUGACUAUGCUACUGAAAAACUCCUUGGGAGGAAACAGCAAGACAGUAAUGCUUGCAACUGUACAUCCAUUAUCAAAUAAUAUCGAAGAAACAUUGUCCACUUUACGAUAUGCUUCAAGAGCAAUGGUUAUACGUAAUGAAUCUAAGGUGAACCAAACCGACUUACGUAUGCAGGUUCAAGAACUGUUGAAUGAGAUAGACAGCUUGCAUAAACAGUUAAAGGGAGUGAGGUCAGACGAAAAUGCUGAUAAAGAAAGGCUGAUGAAAGGAAAUGUUCUUCAAGUUGGCGGUGAACGACCUACUGAUUGUCCAUUAAAUGAAUAUAUAUUGUUGACAGGAAUAGGAGCCAAACCCAAUUAUGCUGUUCUUGAAAAUCAGAAAGGAAAAGUAUAUGUGAAAGCAGAAACUGGAUAUGUUUUUGUUAAGGGGAAGGAACUCGAGAAAAAUUUACCUCGUAGACUUAAACAUGGAUACACAGUGAUGUUCGGUCAGCUCUCCAGUAUGUUUGUUUUCAUUGAUCAGAAGGCCGCAUGUAAGAAAAAUCUAGAGGACAAAGAAGCUUCAAAUAUUUCCUAUGCAUCAGCGAAAGACGAUUUUAUUAAAUUUGCAGAAAAGGAUGGGACGAUUAAAGGAGAUUCUUUGCUUCGAAAUAUGGUAGUUGUGAGAGACCAGGACAUUAGAAAUGCUAAUGCUUUAGCAAUAGAAUUAAACAAACCACUAACUUUCGAGCUAAUUCUAGUCAGUGAUGCUUUUGCAGGAAGAAAGAUGGGGAAAUUACAGAUAUUCAUAAAGGUGAUCAACAAAGCUACAGAAUGUGAGUACAUCUGGAGUGAGGACUAUUUUUUGGAGAAGUAUGAGGCAAUGGUUGCGUUCACAAAUAAAGAUGAAUCGGUAAAAUUCGAUAGCUUUACUUAA